ACCCCGGGCUGGUCCCACGCCAUAUGCUUGCUUUGUCAAAUGGAGACCUGUCCCCCAAUGGCCUCUCCUCCCUCCCUGGCCUUUCGAACCAGUUUCACCGGCUUACUGUGGCUUUAGCAGCAUCUGUGCUGUAAAUAUAGGGCAUUCCCAUCUGCUUGUCUGCCCCGGUGGUUUAAAGCAGCAAACUGGAGCUGCGGUGCUCAGUUGGGWUGGUUCAUGGCGCCUUGGAACCAUCUCUGUGCUCCCACAAUGAAGUUCAGCGUCAGGAGGAGGGAAAGAAUGGAGAGGCAAGAAGAAAAUGAGGUGAAAUUUGAAGAAAUUGAAAUGAUUCCAAAGUCGGGGAAAUCACCAGCAGACUCACGGAAAAGCGUCGGCAUUCAUGAAUUUGCAGCGCUCGCCAGAUCGUCCUUAAAUGGCAUCUCCCAGGCGGUGAGGGACCACGUGACAAAGCCCACCUCUCUGGCUCAGGGUCGGGUGGCCCACCUCAUUGAGUGGAAAGGGUGGCCCAAACCCACGGGUCCUCCGGCGGGCGCUAACUCCCAGUUCAACUCCUACAGCCACCUGACUGAAGGGGAGAAGGAGGCUCGCUUUGCUGCAGGAGUGGCGGAGCAGUUUGCCAUUGCUGAGGCCAAGCUUCGAGCCUGGGCGUCUCUUGAUGACGAUGAGGAGGAAGAGGAAGACUCCAACGAUGAGGACACCCACACCAACGGACGGACGCACAUCCGGUCCACCCAGAGCUCAGACACCGCUGUGUCCGGGCCCACCGAUGGAGCGCCACGCCAGCCUGAGGCUCGAGGCGUUGAGGUCCCCCCCUCGGUUUGUCCUGUAGGCUCCGGCAGCAGUCUGCUCUGUGAUCAGCCUCCAGCUCAGAGCGACUCACCUUCGUCACGGAGCGACUGCACGCGUCCAUUCUUGGAAGAAGAUGAGGAKGAGGAGGAGGAGGAGAGGCUGAGUGGUCUUGAUGAGCAGUUGGCUCCUUCGCAGGAGCGACACAGCGAGGUCUGUGUCCACAACAAGCCGGAGUGGAGGUCCCGGAGCAGGAGCAGCAGGUUCGACUCCUGCUACUCCACCUCCCACUCCGAGUCUCCGGGAGAGGAGGACGAGGAAGAGGACGAAGAGGAGGAGGARGGCAGCGUGUUCCACGAGCUUCGGGUUUGGCACUGGAGCCCCAGGGCCUUCUUCUCUGACCGCAGGUCUUCUGGCGUGGCGUCGUUUGAGGAAGAGGAGGAGAGAGAGGAGGUGGACGAAGAGAAAAAGGAGGAGGAGGAGGAGUAGUACUUGAUGUGAUGUCUUUUUCCAUCUUUAUGUCUUCUUGAGUCUGUGUAGAUUCUGAUGUGACUGUUCUGCUCACGCUGUACACCUCUCUCCUCCAACUCUUCCUCCUUCCUUCCCCCUUCUCAUCCUCUCUCCUUUUGCCCUUCAUCCUCCAGGCCUUUCACCGACCUCGGCCCACUGUUUGUCUCAGCUGUAAACAGCAUCCAUGUCGGAGAGUUCACCGAGAAUGUAAAGCUGUCGUUUCAAACCGAGUUUUGUACAUUUUUGUGAAGAGUUGUGAGGUUGUUUUUUUUCUAUGGAUAUUUUCCAGUGCUGUUUGAUUUUUAUUCGGUUGGGUCAUGCUGUGUGUCAUGUGGGUUUGAAAUGGAAAGCCUGAUUGUUCUGCAUAUAUAAAUAUAAUUUUUUGAAACAAGAA